UUCCGCGAUAUAGACUUACGUGCGUGCAACGUCGAGACCGAGCAUUGUUGAGAACAACGAUCGUGGUUCUGUCGAAAUCGAUUGAAAUUGUCGGGAAUCUUGGCAGGCGUUUAUCUCGAUCGUGGUUGCACAGUCGCGCACGCGACAUUUCUACGUCGUAAAACCGGCCGGCCCGUAAAGUAAACGUGUUUUGGUUCCGAUGACAAUGAGAUUGAUUUACGACGGAAUUAAGACUCGAAAGCAUGGUCAGAUCGAUCAAAGAAAUUUUGCAACCGAAGAAAAGUAACAAAAAAGACGAAUUAGCGGGAGAACGACGACACUGGCGCUCCGCCGUCACGACUACUGCGAGUCGCACACGCUACUGCCCACGCCAUUCGCACCGGAACCCGUCGGAUCGCGUCGCGGCGAGUUUUCCAAGUCCGAUCGUAAAUCACAUUAUCCCGGUCAUUAUCCCGGAAACCGCAACACAAUUCUAUACAAUAGCCCGGCCAAUUUUACAUUACUUGCGUGUGUAUCAGUGUUGACGUUUACGUUGACGUUGACGCUUGGACACAUUUGUUAUGACAUUAUUCGAUGUACUAUUUCAAAUAACAUGUUACUUUAUUUCGUAGUUAUUCUCAUGCCUGUGAUCCCUUCUGACGUAACAUUAUUUGAAAUAUUAUUUCACGUAACGCGUUAUUUUGUUAUCUAAUUAUUCGAAAUAACUAUGAAGUUAACGUUAACGUGUAGGGCUGGUUUACACCUUUCCGCCCUAACCAAGUUACUGCGAAGAUUUCAUCAGGUAAAAUCGUUUGGUUCCUUAUCGCUCACAGCAUUAUUUCUUUUGGCUAAUUUGAAGUAAGGAACAAACGAAAUAAUGCGUCAUUUGCAAUCGCUUUCUCUCCAACGAUAUUAUAUUUAUUUUCAAAUAACGGUCUGAACGUUAUCUCUCUCAUUUUUAUUUCAAAUAGUUCAGAUCCGAACGUAGCCGCGUUAGCACCGUGAAACGUAAACUAAGCCCCUACGGCCGGCAACCGUUGAGACAGCUGCACGUGCCCCUUGCGCGACAACCGUGCUCGCGCCGUUACGAGCGGGAAAUGUCGUAACCGUUUCCUUCGGCUCCUCCGUUAGUCCGAAGCGUAAAGUUUACACUGUUGGGUGGAAACUGGACGGCGAUUUCGCGAUCGUGGAAAACAUAGGAGGUUCCUGCGAUCUCGAAUGAAGAACGCACAGACAUCGCGGACCGUUUAAACUUAAACGAAGCACGGCAGGCAAAGGUAAAUAUCUCUCCGCGGAGCUAUCGGGAACAUAACAAACAGCGGGGGGUGGUAUAUAUCGAAAAAAUUGAUUGUUUCGGUAGCCGCUGGCCCACGGCGUCGGUCUCUCGCGGCAAACGGAAACAUCUAUAUUUGCUCUGGCAAGCGGAGCCUAUCGACUUCACGCUCGAACGAAACCGCGUGUAUUUAGCGUAUUUGUAUUUGUAUUGCCGUCGCGCUCGUCGCUUGUCGCCGCCGAGAGUUCUAUUCGUGUCAAACGAUUUUCUAGCACCCGAGACGUCGUCGUCGUCGUCGUCGUCGCCACCACCAGAGAAACUGGGGGAUCCUCUCGACCGCGUUACGAUCCCCGGUAUCGAGCAAUUUGGCAUUCGACGCGUCCUUCUUCCGUGGGAAAUACUUUGGCACCGAUUCACGGCACUUAUUGCGCGACACUCGAUCGUUCUUACGGUCUUUUCCGGCCGCUGAUUUCGUUUUCGGGAUCGAGCCUCGACCGCGCGUGUCCCGUAUCCGGCCGCGGGGGUGGUUAUUCGGGGGUGGAUUCGCGUUCGUGUCGGUUACAAGCGACGAGAUACGCCAAGCUGCGAGCGGGGUAACGCGUAAAAGUGGCGCGAGGGUCAAGGGACAAGAGACGCGGGACGAGGUUAGGGUCAAGGGUGCAGGGGAGGAAAGGGGUUGCGCGGGACGCGUGUGUUACGCGCGCUCGUUACGGACGUGUGCGGUACACAGAAAUAUAGGAACGUAUGCAGGAAAGACGGAGAUAUAGGAAUACAGUGAUAUAGGAAGAGACGAGGGCGACGAGGAGGAGGCGCAGGCGCGAAAUCGGACGCGGUGAACGCUCGACGGCCGACGCGCCGCGCCGAGCGGAGCCGCGCGAUGGCCCGACGUCCGCGUGGCGCGCGAGUUAGAAGUCGGCCUCGGUCUUUUAGUGUCGGCCCGUUCCUUCGCACGGUCUCGUUGUAGCUUGCAACCGCUCGCCGGUAGAUUCGUAUCCAGGAAAGUUCCUCUUCGCAAUUUUCUUUCGGAAGCAACGAUCGCUCUUCCAGCGGUCUUCUUCUUCUUCGCUCUCUUCGGCAUCGUUUCGCCGGCAGAGCGCGGCGACGGUCCGAAAUGAACGCGAGGUUCGCGACGCAGCGAUUUCACGGCGGUACCCGCGAAUUCCCGGCUUCGAGCGGCUCCGGCUGCCUCGGCGUUUGCUGAUGAACCGAUGAGACACCCCGUAUCGAAUCGAGUCGCUCCGUGAGAGCGGGGGUUGAAAGAAUCGGUCGUCGCGUAGACGAAAGAUCGAGACGUGGAGAGAAGGCAUGGGGGACGAAGGAUUCGGGGAGAAGGAGCCACGGAAGAGGAGCACCGCGCAAAGCCGAUGGCGCAUUCUCGCGAAGACGCUGAUCGGCCCGCGGGCGAACGAGAGGUUCGCGGAGCCGGAGAACGAUCUGAACGACGUGUCCGUUCGCCGUUUCACCAGCUUCGGCCUGCUGAAGACCGUCCGGCUGGAGAACGCCGGGUCGAAGGAGGAGGAGCCGGGCACGAGGUGGUACGAGUACUCCGGCAUUUUGGAGAACCGGAAGUUCACCGUGCAGAUCCGCUGGCUGAAGAACAACAGCUUCACGGCGAACGAGCUGAUCGGCUUCAACAACACCGGGAACGUGUGCGUCUGGCCUUCGGAGGAGUGUCUGGCUUACUAUCUGCUGAAGAACCGCGAUAUCUGCCGGAACAAAAGGGUUCUCGAGCUCGGGGGUGGCAUGAGCUGCCUGGCGGGCGUGAUCGCGGCCAAAUAUUGCGAUCCGAGCGGCGUCGCGCUCACCGAUGGCAACGCGACCAGCGUGGAGAACGUCCGGCGCAUCGUCGCCAGGAACGAGAUGGCCGAUCUCGUCGAGUGCUGCGUCGUCCGAUGGUCCAAGGCGGCCAGGGCGAUCAGGACUGCGAGAUCGGCGAAAUCGUUUCCGUACGGCAACCACAUCGGCCUCCGAAUCAAGAACUGGACGGCCGGAGACGACGACUCGCCGAUCGCCCCGGAGAAAUCGUACGACGUGAUCCUGUGCGCGGACUGCCUGUUCUUCGACGAGGUGCGCUCCGAUCUGGUGGAAACGAUCUACGGCUGGCUGGCGAACGACGGCAUGGCCCUGGUGAUGGCGCCCCGACGGGGCCAGACCUUCGAGAGGUUCGCGGAUGCGGCCACCAAACGGGGCUUCACGGCCAGACGGAUUGAUCGCUACGACCACAGGAUUUGGUCGAGACAUCUGGAGCUGUUGGACCACAGCCAGGAGUAUUGUCCGGACCUCCAUUAUCCGAUCCUUUUGGAACUGACCAAGCAGAAGAGGAUGCCGUCCGGAUGACCAUCGAUAACGACCAACCGAACGAAUCCUUUGUCUCCGAGCGUCGCCGUGCGAACGCCGGGGCGAAACGUCGUCCGCGUUAUCCUACUUCUCGUAGAACCGAGUUCUCGAUAAUCCUCUAGCCACGUUUCUACGUUUCUAUCGUAGACGUUCCGCGACGGCGCCGCAACGGGCCGAAGCGACGAGGUCGUGUCGAAAUUAAAAAGGACAAAACUUUUGAUAGUAAUGAGAUACGAAGCGACUGAUCGUUUGUUACGUUCAAGCUGAACAGAGAGAACGCAUCGUGUUGCGAAAGUAAUCUCGAUUUUCUUGCGAGUUAUUAUUUAUUUGGAAGAUUACUUUCACGACAACUCGAUGGUCCGAAUAUCUUUUUAACAUUGACAACUUCUGUAGAAAUGUUCCGACAAAAUUGUGACUUAUUCGACGCGCCGAUUUCGAAUCCGAUCGCAAGAUUUAUCCAGUACAGUAAUGUCUCCCCGACUGACGCUCGGAUUGUACACAAAAAUGGACAAUUUGGGAACAAGAGAUAAGAUUA